GCGAGAGCGCCGCUGUUGGGAGAGCUGAGCGAUCGAUGYAGGGUGGAGUAAUCGAGCGCCGAGAGCGGGGGCGCGGGGACACUCACGGGGACACUCACGGGAAUAACCGCGGGGACACUCACGGAGACACUCGCGGGGACAUUCACGGGAGCGGCGGCGCCCCCGGAGCCUUUCUCGAGGUUUCGGGGGCCGUGCGGGAGUUCCAUGGGACCAUGAGCGACCCCGCGGAGAGAGCGGAACGUUCGUGCSGGCCCGCGUUUCCCGGGCAUUGACGGGGGGGAAGGGACCAAAAUGGCGGCGCCCAGCGCCGGGGGAGCGGCGGCGGCGGCGGCGGGGGGGAACCGGGGGCGACCGUCCCCCGUCACCCCCCGGCAGAUCCGCGACCUCAUCGACGGCGGCAUCGCCACCGARGGGCCCGGGCCCGGCGGGAAAGAUUCAUCGGAGUGGUCGGAGCCGGCCAACGGCCCCGCCCAGCUGGAAGCACUUUCCCUGGAAUCUGCCAGCAGGGARGCUUUCUUCAGCAGAGUGGAAACCUUCACCAUAUCCUUUGGGGUGCUGGAAAUUCCAUCUGGGAAUGGUGGGGGAAAAAACCCGCAGGGAUCAUUGGUGUGACAUCCCAAUAU